AUGGGUACGAUCGCGGCGGCGGAGGUCGCCACGACGGGCAUUUCUUGUGUCGCUGAAGGCGACGCAUUAGCGGGCGCAGAGGGCGCCGGAGAUGACGGCGAGGCGAAUGCCGGGUCUCCCAUACCGGACAGGCUCGGAGCGAGGGACCAGACGAAGAGCAGCACAAAGAGGGGCUUGCGUGUCCUAAUGACCUCCAAGGCUAUGCCGGAUAGGGUCUCCCAUACCGGACAGGCUCGGAGCGAGGGACCAGACGAAGAGCAGCACAAGGAGGGGCUCUCCGUG